GCGCCGCGCAGAAAGCACGUCGUGGCAGCCAUCUUUUUUUUCUCCGCACGCACACGAAUCUGUGCACCGCAUUUAGAACCAACCGGCCCGUGAAAACACAAAUAACAUCGGUGAAUAUAAACUAACCACAGUGCCCAAACAGUGAGCCCAAAUACCUGUGUCUCUGUGCAUCAUCAAGAAUCUUUCUAAACAUCCACGGACCUCGCAUGCAAUUUAAGAUUCGUCGUAAAGUAUAUUGGUUAAAAACGACGCGUAAAAUGGACUGUGCGAACCGAUAGUGAAGUGACAGUGUUGUGUAACGGUUAUAACAGAGUAAUAGUGAUUACAAGCUGCCAGUCAGCUAUGAUGUGAGACAGUUUUUGUGGUAAAGUGUUAAAAAUGCCGUCGGAUAGUGGAUCAGCGUGGUCACCACCGGCCUCCAACAGUGAGAGGAGGUUGAGCAACUCUUCAGAUGGCAGCGCCGGCAGCGGUUACUCCAAAGCUACAACAGACAGCGCGGACUUCCUGGCGACGCGUCCGCACACCGCCGCGGUUAUCCCAGGCAAACCCGCGGCAAACCCCUUGCAGUUCGUCCGGGUAGGGCCCGCGGACCUCGGCAGCCGAGCGCGGGAGCAGCUGCGCCGCGCUGAGCUAGCCAAAAAGACUGAGCCGGCCGCACGAUUUGAGAGGCAAGAAGAUUGGCAGUCGAACCUGGACAAUUGGAAGUCAUCACGGCGGAAGCGCGUGGAGCACAUCAUAGAGCGGUGCGUGGAGGUGAGGCGCAUGGAGAACGAGCCGAGCCAGCCCCGUGGCAAGUCCAAGACCUUCAACGAGAUGCUGGAGGAACGAGCUGGGCGAAGAAGGCGGAACCCCUUGGCUUUGUACGCAGAUGACGACGGUCACGACCUCAGUGACCUUGGUAUAGGCACCUCCAGUACCAAGAGCAGCCUUAGUGAAGACUGUGAUACACACAGUUUGGCUAGCGAUGGUAUCGACCUGGAUAAGAACCAUUCCGAUGUCGACAACCUUUCAAACAGCGGAAAAGACCACAAACUUGGAUCGAGUGCCAACGAAUACGACACGUGUACGACCACGACCAUCAGCUCUCCUGAACCAGAAGAAUACACAUACGAGGGAGCCAUUGAAGGAUAUAAAUCAAGAAUUAUUUCCCAAACUAACAGUAACAUCAUAAAAACGGUCGUCAAUAACAAUUUCGAAGAAAAAUCACCUGAAAAAUUAAAUGGAGAUCUUAACAGAAUCAGAACAUCUGUCAGCAACAAAAUUGAAGAAAAGGUCUCAUCUUUCCAACAAGAAAGAUCUACUGACAGCAAAAAUUGCAGCCAGAAGAAAGACUUGCCCAAAGUUGAUAUAAACAAACGAAGAGAGCAUUUUGAAAGGGAAAAUUCACAAGAGUCACACACAAAUAAACCAAAAUUACCUGACAUUGCAAACAAAAAGUCGAUCAAGGAAAGACUGUCUAGCUUAGAAAAGUUUACGGAAGAAACACAUGUUCAAAAAUCUACAAGCGACCUGAAUAAAUUACCUGUUGAAGUAAAACCGUUGAAAGAACGCCUUUCAUCUCUCGAAAAAGUUAAAUCAGCAUCUACAGAAAUCGAUAAAGCGAAAAGAUUGUCCAAUGGGGAUCUUAAUAAUACUAAAUCGUUAAAAGAGCGGUUAUCCAGUCUGAAGUCACAAACAUCGGAAGAAGACAUAAAAAUUAUAAAACCAGAGGUAAAAGAAGUGUCAAUGAGUCUUAAAGAAAGAUUGUCUUGUCUCGAUGCUGCAAAGAAUAAAGAAAUACCUAAAAUAGCGGUUGAAGUAGAAAUCGAACAAAUGGAAUCCAAAGUUGACAAUGAUACAAAAGACAAAAUGUCUGAUAGCUCUUUAAAAUCAAGUUUAUCAGGUAUUGAAAGUCAAAUGCAGAGCUUUUGUCGGUCUCUUGAUAGUUUGGAUAUCAACGGACAAUCUUCCCCAAAUUCUUUUGAGAGAAUCCAAAGUUUAGAAGAUUUCGACUGCGGUGACAUGCAAAACAAUACUAUUCCAAGUGAUAUCGAAACAGAAGACAGCGGAAUUCACACCGCGAGAGAUUCAUGCGUUCCACCUGAUGAUAUUGCUGAUUUAACUCAAGUCGCAUCUCCUAUUGGGGAACCAAUGAUGGAAAUUUCAGAAUAUGACUCUCCUAACGAAGAUAGUUUACCUAUCCUAGAACCAAAUAAAAUAGAGGAACCAUUAGAGAAGAUACCUGAACCUGUCAAAACUAUAUAUGAAGAUGUCAUCGUGGAAGAAUUUGAAGAACAGGAUAUAAGCAAAGCAGAAGAUACUGACAGCGGAAGUAAUUAUAUUCAAGCUUUAUCUCAACCGGAGGAGUUAAGUGUUACUGAAGAAGUAACUGAAAUACAAAUGGACAAAGAAGAUGAUGAUACACUUAAAAGUCUGGAAAAUCAAGAUAUUAGUGUAAGUUUAAACGAACCUGUGUCUACUGCAUCAGAAGGAGACACAGUGGUUUUUGAAGGGAAAAUGACUAUACAUUUGAACUUGAAUGAAAUAUGCAACAAAAUGAACGCUGGUGCUGGGAACAACUCUAACUGUAAAACAAGUAGUACUACUAACGAAUCUGAUAGCAAGAGCAUGCCAAUGGUUCAUGAUGCGCUAGAUUUGGCUUUCAAAGAACUUGAUUCAGAAGAUAGUUUUGACAACACCGGCGCCAUGGAUACGACAGAAAAAAGCUUAGAAAAUGAAAAAGUUGGACCUAUAAAAGUUAAUGAUAAAGUGGAUAAACUCAUAGAUUUUGAUACAGAUCAAAAGAUACCAGUAACGCCAUUGUACGAAAACAUAGACAUUGUUUAUCAGAAUUCAGUAGAUGAUGCAGGAGCAUUCCCAUUGGAUAUGCCAUCUAAUGUAAUGGAACCACCAAAAGAAAAGCCACCUCCACCACCCACGGAAGAAACUACUGAUGAUGAACUACUUGGCAAUGGCAACUUCAAACACACAAGUUCAGCGCGUCGUAUCAAAAAAGAGAUUAGAAAUAAACGCACCAGUUUCCUUGGCAUUGAAGGUCAAGAUGAUAGCUACCUAGACGUAGACCUGACGCUCGCUCCACGGCCAGAUAUCACUUCAUUCCUUCAAGAGGAAACUAAAAUUGAAAAGCUGCUUUACAAAAGAACACUGUCACAUGAUAUGGAUGCUAAGUUGCGAGAAAGCAGGGAUUCAGGAGUUGAUAUUGAUCGAGGACCUUCAGCUGAAGCUUGGUAUAAAGGACAGUCUUCACCUGAGACAUCUAAUCCACAUAGCAGACAGAAUAGCGAGCCCUACACACACGUGACUGUCACAUCAGACGAAGAAGAAGCGGCGAAAAAGCAAAACGAACAGAAUUUCACUUCAAACCUGAACACCAAACUGAACGAGUUGUCAGAAACACAGACUGACGACAACAAAUUAGAUAGUUUGGAUAAAAAACUACAACAUCAACAGACGCGUCUCACUAACGAGGAUUGGCCGGAUGGGCACGUUGACGAUGCUCAUACAAAGGAAGUACUUCGUUUCGAAAGAGAGCUGUUGCAAUUGGAACAAGAGGAACUGAGGAGGCAAAGGGAAAAUCUGUUAAGAGAUCAGAACAGGAUAAUACAGAAGUCAGUUCAAGACGUGUCUUCUGUGCCGAGUACACCAGAGAAACCUCCAUUGAGCAGCAGGCCUUCAAAACCAAACCAGAACUACAGACAUUCGAUGCCAAACUUGUUGCUAAACGAAACAUAUACAGUUGCACCAGUCGUUCCAGAAAGGCCUGUAUUUGAUGAGAAUUUGAAACGAAAGCCGUUUGUCUCUGAAGAGCAUAUUCAAAGGCAUUUUGGAGUAGAAGAGAGCAGGAAGGUGUUGUAUGAAGAUCGGAAGACAGCGGAGGCGGUGAAAAGGCCAGUUCCAUCUGUGAGGCCCCAGCAACCUAUUCUGCCGCCGAAGCCGAAGACCCGAGAAUCCAUAGAGAGGGAAAUUACUAUGAGAAGCAGUCGAGUACCGUCAGCUGUGGAAUACGUGAACGUGGACAGAACAGCUGUACAACUCCGACAGAAGCCUGUCGUCAAUGGGAACACGCAAUACCAGUCCAUGACGAGGCAUACGCUGCAGGCACUGAGUGCUGCGCCGACGCCGAAGUUGAUCUCCAACAAUGACUGGAUGCAGUCGCGGAAUAGAAAACCAGCUAACUAUAACUACAACCAACACUGGUUGAUACAGGAAGCGGAACAAAGGCGGAUAGACGAACAGAGAAGCAAAUUGAGGGCGGCACAGCGUCACUCCUACCACCAAGACAUGCCCUCGGCAAAUCUACACACCAUGCUUCCCCUCAGCACGAGCCAACAACAUUUACCAGCUGAUUUCAAGCGUCCCCUCCGCCCAGAGCCGCAGCCUCGACAUGAGCAGGCCGAGUCCCGGGAAGAGAAACUGCUUAGUGUCAGCGGGAAGAAGAAGUGCUCCCAUUGUGGGGAGGAACUUGGUCGUGGCGCAGCAAUGAUCAUCGAAUCCCUGUCCCUCUGCUACCACGUUUGGUGUUUCACAUGCGCAGUCUGCGGCACCAGGCUCGGGGACGGCCGCGCGGGCGCCGACGUGCGCGUGCGCGGCCGGCGGCUGCACUGCCACCACUGCUACUCGAGCGACGACGGGCGAAAGUUUUCAUGUGUAUAGAUGGCGCCACGAGGGUUCCAAAUUUGAAAUGUAGCGCGCAUACAAAUGUGUGUUUGUGAUCCGAAAAAUUCAAUAUUGGAAAUGACUUUUCGAUCGGCUAUUGUCAUCGUGUAAAAACUGUCUCGAUAUACACUUUUCAGUUAUUAUAUGAUUUGGGAUAGCAAUACUGAGCAGUGUAGAGUUAAAAGUUAAGCAUUGCAAGUGAUUUAUUUCGUGAUGGGACAUGGUUAUUAUUAACUUGAAUGUUUAUUUCUGUACCUAUAGCUACAUGAUCUUAAACACAUACAUAGGUUGAUCUUAUUUUAUAAAUUAAGAAACGUAUGUCAUCCAAUGUUUAUCAUAGAUGUUAUUUCAUUGAAGCGACUUCGCUAUAUCUAUGAAAAAUAUGAGCAAUGCGAGCGAAUAUUGACAUAGGCGUGAUAGUGUUCUACCACGCCGACUGUCAAUAAGCGCACACGCAAUCAUAAAGACGUCUGGGCGACUCAGCUAGUACUGAGUCCGCUAUUGCACGCUUUCGUAUCCACUAUAAAACACCUAUUUUUUUAUUUACACUAUGGGACUGGCCGCUUAGCUGUCAAAUCGUAUUUAAU